AUGGACGCCACGGAAUCCCUUCCGUGUCCGUUCUGCGAUUUCACAGAUGCAGACGCAUACUUUUUGACCCAGCAUGUGGAGUUAUGUCACCCUGAAAAUGGUAUCUCGCCAUUUCUGGCAACGGACGACCAACCAAGUAGCGAAAAUACCAGAAAACCCGACUGGUGGCAUGGUGACACGCAGCUUUAUACAAACGAGGAUGCGGAGCCAGCUACCAAAUACAUCGACUGUCCUACAGGAUGCGGGGAGGCGGUGACCGAAGCUCAGCUAACGAGUCACUUAGAUUUGCAUCUCGCGGAGGGACUGGCGCUAGAAGAGCUUAAAGGAAUCGAUGUUAAGGGUCAGGAUACCAUAUCACCCGGCUAUAUCGAGUCGGAGGAUUUUGAAGACGAGGAGCUGUCACCCAAGCUAAGCAAAGCGCUGGGCAAGCAUGAUGGGAAACGUUUUCGGGACGGGCCAAUCCAUUCCAAAGCCCCAAAGCAGAAAAACAGAGCUAGACGUUCUGGCCAACUUGGGACCACCGAGCUAGGGCCGUAUGCGCGGGAGGCGAAGAUGCCUGCCUGGCUACGCAAAAUGCUCGAAGAAGGCCCAGAAAUUAUCCGUGAGAAUAGGAUCCUGCGAGAUGGAACGUUACGCAAGGUCGAGAUCGUUUCAAAUGAAACAUAUGGCCUGAUCCGGGUCAUUGCUAGACUAUGUCAACAGGAUGAUUCGGUAGAGCAGGCAUUCCUAUGCAACCCUAAUGUUCGACAUAUUUUCAAAAUGCGAAAGGAGGGACAGUCGUACAGCUGGCUGUGA